AAAUACAACAUUGAAAUUUUGACAACAUUUAGUGCUCGCCUCUAUGUGGUUAGUUUAAUUUGGCAAGGGGAUCAUUUGUUUUAAUUUUGUACUUAAGGGCAGCACGAUCAUUUGUGGUGUUAAAAAUGGACUUUCUUAAGGCUGAAAUUGCGAGAAAGAGGAAACAGCUCGAGCAGAGUAAAGUCGUUCCAGCGGAAUCUGGACAGAAAUUCUUUAAGCGUGGCGAGUUAAUGGCAAAACAGGAAGAGCAGUACUGGAAAAAACAUCAAAAGGUUGAGGAAACCCCAUCUACCGAAACGAGGGAGGAGAAACGAAGGAGGAAUGAGUCUACAGAUUUGAUGGAUCCAAACCUGAUGACACUAUCCAGACAAGAGGUUAUCAAAAGGUUACGAGAAAGGCAAGAGCCAAUCCGAGUGUUUGGUGAGACUGACACAGAGACGUUCUUUAGACUCCGGCGCAUCGAGAUGCUGGCACCUGAGAUCAAUAAGGGUCUUCGUAAUGACUUCAAGGAGGCCAUGGACAAAGUGGACCAACAGUACCUGGAGGAGAUGGUCAAACUCCAGGGGGAGGACGUGCCAAACAGAGCCUACGACAUCAAGUUUGAGGACGAUGGGUCAACCAUCGACGACAUCAUCGAGAUGUCCUCUGGAAUGGGUCAGGGAGAUGAUGAACUGGACAAUAAAGUCAUCGUUCGAUACAUCAAGUUUCUGCUCAAGAUGUGGGCACAAGAGCUCAACCGAAGAGAGGAGCACAUCAAGCGUAGCAACAAAGGCAAACUGGAGAGCGCCACCUACAGUCAGACAAAAGCGUACCUCCAACCACUUCUCAGAAAGCUCAACAAACAGACGUUGCCCCCAGAUUUGCUGGACAGUCUGGUAACCAUCGUCAAGUACAUGCUGGAUAGAGAUUAUGUCAAGGCAAGUGAUACAUAUCUCCAGAUGGCUAUUGGCAAUGCACCCUGGCCCAUCGGUGUGACCAUGGUGGGAAUCCACGCUCGUACCGGUCGAGAAAAAAUCUUCUCCAAGAAUGUGGCUCAUGUGCUGAACGAUGAAACACAAAGAAAGUUUAUCCAGGCUUUAAAGAGACUGAUGACUCAGUGUCAGAGACAUUUCCCAACUGAUCCUUCGAGGAGUGUCGAGUACGUCAAGAGUGACAUCAUCAAGCAUUGAGAAACAGCGCCCUCUACCAUUUUCAGGCUGGACAUGGAUAGACUGGUCUUUACAAACUAAGUGGUGUUAUUGCAUAGGCAUAUGCGAUGAGGCAUAACUACCAGACAGUACUAUGGCAUACUAGGUCAAAGGUUACAUCUGGCAGGAACAGCAGGAUCUAAAGGCCGGUGUCUCGCAUUAUUCAUAGACCCUUUACAGAUUGGCAGGAAGUGGUGAUUAUGAUGCAUUUUAGGGCAGUUUGCGAGUUAGCUUUGCACGUAUGCUCUGCAUGACGAACAUCCCGAACAACGCAUCAUAUCCCAGACUGCAUAGGUAUUUCCUAUUUGUAAAGGGGUCAAUGCGCCUCAACAAAGUGACUAGAACUAUGAAUUAAUCCAUAUCUACCAGUCAACACUGUGUUGUUCUUGUGCAUGUAACAUCAUCGACCAGUGCAGUCUUCUCUGUGAUUCACAGUGCGUAUAGACCCAUUGUAUUUGACGUCACACUCUCAAAAAGGAGGCGAUCAUUGGACAAUAGCUGUUCUCUGUGCGUAAAAACAGGCGCAUAAACAUCGGCGUACCUGUAGCAUUUCGCGAUAUGCAAGGGGGCGCUAUUGAUUUCUUCUUACACAAUAAAGAAUGGCCUCCGAACAAUGCGUAGUAUUUUAGGUGUCGACUCUCUUCUGUGCAUGUUUGUAUACGAUUUUGACAUCCAGGAAAUAACAUCCAGGAUAGGUACAUGCAAGUACGCUGCACUUCAAUUGAAUCACAGUGUAACUGUAACUUUAACCGGCGCUUAAUGCCAUUAUACACUUUCGGUACAGAAAAAGAAUUAAAAGUUUACAGAUUUACAAAUAAUUUACAGGGUUUACAGAAG